UGGCAGCAGAAUCAUGGGUGUGUCUGUGCAAGGCAAAACAGAGAGAGAGAGAGAGAGAGAGAGAGAGCUAUGGAGGUCCUACUAGAAUAUCGAGGCUCAAGGAGACAGAUUACAGUAGCCAGUGGUGAGACACUCACUGACUGCGUGACUACAGAGCUGAGGCGUGUGGGCAGAGGCAGGGCUAGUGUCCACACUGCUAAUGCUGAUCUGGGGUCCACUGCAGAGAGAGAUGUAUACUUGCUGCAGAAAUGGUCUCCUCAGUGGGACUGCUACAUUGAUGUGCAUCAUGUGAAUCAAGUGCAGGAUGGGGACAAGCUCACAGUAGUGGCCAAACCGAGGCCACCUUCUAAGCUCCUGCAGUUGCUAUGUUGUUGCUGCCAAAGUCCUGAUGCUGGCGUGGUGCAGUCUCGUAAGAAUGGAGUCAGCAAGAAUGAGGAGAUCCAAGCACUAGACUACAGGUUUGCUGAAGAGUCCGAAACACACUCUAACUGGGACUCACAAUCAAUCUCUCCAACUGAAGAGAAAGGCCCUAACGACCAGAAUUAUGUAUGUGACAACUCCGGCAGAGCAUCGUGGAUAAUGGUCCCUCAAUUACAGCAGCCAGAAGAUCCACCACUACAGGAGGAUCUAGUAGAUCCACCACUACACGAGGAUCCAGUAGAGCCUUCGCUAGCUGGCUCACCCGAAGAGACUGAGGAGUCCCUUGAUGAACCUUUGACCUCUCCUCAAGAUGCAGAGUUGGAACAACAAGGGGAGAUAACGACAGAGAUUGAUCCACAAGAACCAACGAAUGACGAAACACAAGAAUCAAUGCAAGGUGAUCAUGAACCUCCUGAAGAAGAGUCAGAGCAACAAGAAGACAUUGCUCCUGCUGACAAUGCAGCCAAUGAGGCUGUGGCUAGUGAUACAUUGGAGGAUGAUCAAGAAGCAAACCAAUCAGAAGCUGAGACCAAGACUGAGUCAAUUGAUGAGCCAGUGGAAACUGAUACUGCUGUUGACAACCUAGCAACAGACACAGAAGAAGUGACGGCCCAACCAAGUACAAGUGUUACUGAUACGUCUGAGAACUAAAAUAGCUAUUAUACCAAUCAUCAUUGUGUAAUUACUUUAAAUACUUGAACCAUGCAACUGUUCCUUGGAUUUUAAUUGUCACAUUACUGCUGGUGUGGGUGUGCAACCUGUCAUGCAUACCAGAGCAAUCAUGCAGCUAGAAGUGAUACUAUUAAUUAAACAACACGUACAGCUAGCUGUAGCCACUGUAAGAAAUGCUUCCAGCUGCUGUCAUUGUGCUGCCAAUACACUUCUCAAAGGUGUCACUGUGUGGUUGUUGGGAGAGACCACGAUCUGAAACACAAGAACUAGAAUUAGAUGGCCACCAAACACCAUCAGAGGCUCCGUCAGAAUGGGGUAAUUCUGAGCGUGACUUGACAGAACCACCUCCCACUGUCGAGGAGGAGCGACACACUGGACCGAUGUGGAAGCUUAUUCCAUCAACACAGCAGCAGCAAGAAGUUGGCGCUGCUCCGUUGUAUGUACGACAGAAACACUGACUCUUAUAAUGGAUACAUGACAUUUUGUUUGUGUGUCUUCUCAGUAUUAUAGUGUAUCAAGUUGCAUGGCUGCAUGGUCAUGAUUCUCUGAAUGGCAGCCUUAGUGACAGGAUGUACAAACAUUCCACAAAAUUAACAAUUUCACAGUUCAAUUAGCUACAAGCUAUCUGUUGAUGGAAGUAGAGUUCUGUACCUGUAACAUAUAGAUCUAUAUUAAUACAAGUAUAAGAAUGAGUGAACAAGACAAAAAGAUUGAACAGAAGGAGUCAGUGUUCUGUUGUUGUCCUACUAUCUACUGCUGUGGCUAUGCAUGUUGCUGCUGUGUGAGUAGUGGAACUGAAGGAAAACCACUGCUUGGCAGUGGCUCUCCGGGUCAGUACUCGCUACCCAAAGGACAAGAGGUGCAGUCUAUGGAUAUGCACUUCCCCAGUAACCAGUCUGUUGCUGAGAGCUCUCCCUGGAGCUCUGAAAGACACUCAGAGGCUUCAGAUAUUCCCAACAUAGAUGAUUUGGAGUUGCCAGAAACGCAUCUAGUCACAGAGCAGCCGCGUCCACAAGACCGCCGGCUAUCAUGGAAGAUAAAUUCUGAGUCUAAAGAGCAAACGUCAUUCACAAUACAAAUUAGACAACAAACUGACGAUCAGUAGCUGUACUAUAGCUUCCAUGCCUAAUUUUAUAUUUUUAUGAUUAAUUGUUUUGCUUGGAAA